CGAUAACAACAACUAGCCAUAUCAAACUUAUUUUGCAAAAUGAUUUCGAUGGAAGUAGUUUUAAAUUGUGUUUGAACAGAACAAAUCGUUUGAAUGUUUAUGCGAUCUUUUAAAUGGGAUGACGACAUUUGUGAAGGAACAUGAUCAAAUGUCAUUCCUACAUUGUCAAUUAAAAAUAUUGCAAGAUAAAUUACCAACGAGUCCUGAGAUAUCUAAUAUCCAGACAAUCGCAGCUUGAAAAGCGGAUAUAUGUAUGUUCCAUGUCCAUUAUCAUCAUGUACCACAAGUCAUCGGCACCCGCGCAAGUCGCUCGAGUCUUGGAUAUGUCGAUGAAGAUGGUGAUAAACCGCGCCGCUGCCAGUCGGGUGUUAUCCGGCGUGGUGAAAAGACUGCCGGGGGAAACGUUAUUGAAGGACACGGCAACUAACACAAGAACGAUGGCGUCAAAGGCUGUGACUCUCGAGAACUUGAACCCAAAUAUUAUCAAAUUAGAAUAUGCCGUGAGAGGACCUUUGGUAAUACGAGCUGGAGAAAUCGAAAAGGAAUUAGAAAAGUCGGUAAGUGGUGCUCUCUCUCCUUUAUUCACUGAUGCAACAACAAAACGGAGCGUCCAAACCCUUCCAGAAAGUCAUCAGGGCCAACAUCGGCGACGCCCACGCUAUGGGCCAGCGACCCAUCACCUUCAUCAGACAGGUGUUGUCAUGUAUAACGAAUACUGACUUAUUAGAAAAAGGCGACUUCCCCGACGACGUGAAGGACAGGGCCAGGGAGAUCCUCUGUGGCUGCGGCGGCGGCUCCGUGGGGUCGUACUCGGCGUCUCAGGGUAUUGAGCACAUCAGGCGACACGUUGCGGAGUACAUCGCCAAGAGAGACGGCCACCCCGCCCGCUGGCAGGACAUCUGCCUCUCUGCCGGCGCCUCCACCGCCAUCAAGAAUUGUCUGCAGCUGUUCUGUAAGGAAAUCGACGGCAAGAAGAGCGGUGUAAUGAUCCCCAUCCCUCAAUAUCCUCUGUACUCGGCGUCGCUGGCGGAGUACGGCCUGGAGCAGGUCGGCUACUACCUGGACGAGGAGUGCAAUUGGGGUCUCAGCACACAGGAGCUGGAGAGGAGCUUGCAGGAGGCGCAGCAGACCUGCAACGUUCGGGCGCUCGUGGUCAUCAACCCCGGGAACCCCACGGGACAGGUGUUGACGCGAGAGAACAUCGAGCAGGUGAUAAAGUUCGCGCACAAACACAAGCUGUUCAUCUUCGCCGACGAGGUGUACCAGGACAACGUGUACGCCGAAGGUAGCGCCUUCCACUCCUUCAAGAAGGUGCUGGUGGAGCUGGGCGCGGAGUACAGCUCGCAGGAGCUGGCGUCGUUCAUGACCAUCAGCAAGGGCUACAUGGGCGAGUGCGGUCUCCGCGGCGGCUGGGUGGAGUUGGUGAACAUGCUGCCGGAGGUGCAGGCCCAGCUAUACAAGUGCAUGUCAGCCAUGCUGUGCCCGUCCGUGCUGGGCCAGGCCGUGGUAGAUUGCGUCGCCAAGCCGCCCGCCCCCGGCGAGCCGUCCUAUGAUCUCUGGAUCAAAGAGAAGACGGACAUACUGACCUCCCUCAAGGACCGCGCCAAGCUCAUCGCCGAGACCUUCAACACCUUCGAGGGGUUCAAGUGUAACGUGGUGCAGGGCGCGAUGUACGCCUUCCCCAGGAUCACGCUUCCCCCGAAGGCGAUCCAGGCAGCCAAGGAGAAGAACAUGGCGCCGGACGUGUUCUAUGCCUUCAGACUGCUGGAGGAGACAGGCGUGUGUAUAGUCCCCGGGUCUGGGUUCGGGCAGGCGCCGGGCACGUUCCACUUCCGAACCACCAUCCUGCCGCAGCCGGACCUUCUCAACACCAUGCUGGAGAACUUCAGGAACUUCCACAAGAAGUUCACUCAGGAGUACGCCUAGAACAAGACGACACGAGUACACGAGCACUACACGCCCACAGACUACAGCUCAUCAUCCUUAAAGCCUCGCUCACAGUGGGAACAGCUACGGUCUAUGGACGAACACUCCGGAUGUAGUGUGAUGAUGUACAGGUGUUGUGAGGGUGCAGGACCAGCUAAUGUAACAUCAGUAGAGCGAGGGUCGCGUGGGGGCGGACUAACUGAAUGUUCCCUACUAUUUCAGUCAGGUUUUGCCCACACCGGGUCAGUUCCGGCGAGUGUUCCGACUAGAGAUUAUCUAUUUUAAAAAGUUCUAACAUUUACUGGAAGCCGCUAAGUCGGUUACUCCCUACAGAUGUCCCUAGUGUAAAGCUCACGGGACCUUAGUAUUAUCUCCGUCAGUUGUUCAGUUUCCAAUCACCCUGUAUAUUGUUUAUGUUUGUAUAAAUAUCUGUUACUGAUAUUAAAUGAUUGUUUUAAGGCUGUAUAUAUAUAUUGUAUUUUUGUUAUAUUUUACGUGAUAUUUUGAGGUUUUUGUUGUUUUCGAUGUGAACUGGCAACCCUCCGCGCCAUCCGCUUUGUGCAGAGCGUGUCGUAUGUUUGUUGGCAUGCCCUGCCCGGUACACACGAGUCGCGGCCGGGCGGCGGGGCGCUUGUUGUUUUAUUAAAUUAUUAUUCUGUA